GGCAUCAUGGACAUCUCUUCUGUUGAGAAACGCUGCUCAUGCCAUGCGUUUCUAUACUGCAGUACCAACAGAUUCACUCAUAAGUCUCUAUGACAUCCUUCAACACGGUCGAUAAGGGCGAUGCGGAAGGGGACGACCAUGAUAAUCACUCCACCACUGAAGCUGAAAGAAGCGGAGACGAGACCGUAGUAGACAGCGAUCGUAGUCAUGGAGGAAACGACAAUGCCUUAGUGGUACUGAGCGAAGACAAAGAGACAGCACCGCCGCCGCCGAGGCCGUCAUCAUCGUUACCCCCAGAAUACGAAAAGCUUGCGCAGAAGAAUCCCAAACCGACAGACCACCUCUCCAUAACCAUCGGACCACCCAUCAUACUAUUCUUCGACCUCGUGGUUCCAUGUAUAAUCUAUUACGCAUGGUUCAACGUUCAUCGAUCUCGAUGGGAGAAUACCUGCAGACCGUAUACCAGCCGGGGCGAGAGAUGUCCGGUCCCACUAUCCCAAUUCAACAAGGACAUUCUUGGUUAUGCUAUUAUUUCCUUCGGUUUGGGCGAGCUCUAUAUACUGAUUGCCCGUAUCUGUCGACUUCUCUAUCACCCGGAAGAUUGCGCUCCGCUUCUAUCACGGUCACGAUGGGAGCUCGACGCCACAUCUUGGGUCUACGCGGUAGCCAUGAUAUGCGCCUUGAUCCCGUUUGUCGUUGGUAGUACUAUGGCAAUCCCCGAACUCUAUCUCUACUCCCCAAGCUUUCUUAUGGCGUUCCUUGGCGUCUUGAUGGUUGCCACCUUAAUACCAAUCAAAACCCCAAUUGGUAUCAACUCACACGCAAGAGGAACCCCUCUACGACCUUUCAUAUACUACGCAGCUGAAGACUUCAUUGCUGUAGACGGCCUACAAGAUCGGGGGUUUCGGGUACGAUACAAUGCGCGAUACAAUGCGUCGAAGGCCUUUAGAAGGAUGUUUGUAUAUCUUACAAUUUGGUGGAUUUUCGGCGUUUCUGUCUACAUUGGGUGUGUUUCGGCAGUGAUUUGGACUCUGGAGUUCCACUACGCGUUUGGAUUAACGCUCGGCAUUCUUUUUACUUACAUUAUUAUUUGGUCUGCAGUUUCGUUCUAUUGGGUAAAGGUAGAGAUGGAUCGUCAGCAGAAACUGUAUAGGGAAAAGGCACGAGGAGUAUAAUAGACUUCUGCAUAUUCCAUUUGCUGGUUGUUGGUUUUACGGAUAGAUAAGAGCAUUAAUAGAAUAUAAUGUAAUUCUCUGACGAAGGAU